CAGCGGCUCCCGCGCCCUCAGAGCCUGCGGGUCCCGCAGCGGCGCCGGGCGCGGUCCGCGGUGCGGGACACGGACACCGACCGGGGCCACCGACCGCAGCCGCAGGAUGUCGGCCACGCUCUACGUGCUCUCCACGCUGGGCGGAUACGUCCUCACCUCCGCGCUCCUCCUCAAGUGCCCGGGGCUGCUCCACCGGCCCAAGCGGCAGCGCUUUCGAUGCCGGCACAUCUCGCACCGCGGCGGUGCUGGAGAGAACCUGGAAAACACCAUGGCAGCCUUUCACCAUGCUGUCAAUUUGGGGACAGACAUGCUGGAGCUGGACUGUCACCUCACCAAGGACGAGCAGGUGGUCGUGUCCCACGAUGAGAACCUGAAGAGAUCCACGGGCGUGGAUGUCAACAUCUCUGACCUCAAAUACUCGGAACUCCCACGGUAUCUCUGCAAGUUGGAUGUCACGUUUCAGAAAGAGUGCCAGUGUGAGGGGAAGGACAACCGGAUCCCCCUCCUGGAAGAGGUGUUUGAGGCCUUCCCAACAACUCCUGUCAACAUUGACAUCAAAAUGAACAACAAUGUGCUGAUCAAAAAGGUUUCGGACCUGGUGACUCAGUACAAGAGGGAGCAUCUGACGGUGUGGGGGAAUGUCAAUUAUGAGAUUGUAUCCAAGUGUUUCAAGGAGAACUCUGACAUCGCCACCAUCUUCUGUGCACAGCGGGUCCUCUUGCUGCUUGGCCUGUUCUACACCGGUCUGCUGCCCUUCAUCCCCUUCAAGGAGGAAUUCUUUGAAAUUCCCAUGCCUUCCAUCAUCCUCAAGCUGAAGGAACCACAGAAGAUGUCAAGAAGCCAGAAAUUCAUUAUCUGGUUGGCUGACACGUUGCUGAUGAGGAAAGCACUGUUUGACCACCUCACAGCUCGGGGCAUUCAGGUGUACAUUUGGGUGCUGAAUGAAGAGCAAGAGUACAAGAGAGCAUUUGACCUUGGAGCAACUGGAGUGAUGACAGACUAUCCCACAAAACUGAAGGAGUUUCUACAUAAUUAUCCAGCCUAGAGGAAAGGAAACAGAGGAAGUUCUUGCAGAAUAGAUUGUGAGCCAAGGAUUUUCUUCAUUUAAAAAAAAAAUAAUAAUUGGGGGGCAGCAUCCACAGAUCAUUUUGCUGGAAAGAUGUAAUUGGAUGAUCUGUUGUCAAGUCACUACCUAAUGUAAAGGUUGUCUAUUUAUUUUACAGCUGUCAUGACAUAGUUUACAUCUGUAAAUAGCUCAUUUAGCAGUGGCACACUCCACAAAUCGUGAUGACUGGGAGGAGAGCUGUAGAUAAUGAGCAUUAUUUCACCUCUCACAAGUUGUUCCUAAGCAGCUGUCAAGACAUGUCAGUUAUUCCAGUUAUAUCCUAGUGAGCAGAAGCUGAAGAAUUUCUGGAAGUGGUAGCCUGUGUGUUUGCAUUUCUCGUGUUGCUUUUAGUUUUCAGGUAACUUGUAAAGCAAAAGAAAAAAAAAAAAAAAAAGAAACAGGCACAGGAGAAAUAACAAAGCAGACUCUGGGGGUGACCAGCUGGUUUAGCCUGUGAAGUGCAGUCAGUAAAAGUGGUCACUUUUUAGCCAGAAUUAACUCAGUCAGGAUGGAUUUCCUCUGUUAUUCUCACUGACAGGAAUGCUGGACUUGGGUUUUAGACCCUUUCUGAUGUGUUGGUGAUUCUGUGGCUUGUUGGUCAAGGUCUAAACACAGUAUUUAAACCAGGAUCUGGGUUUAACAGCUCCAGGGGCCAGGUUUGCCCCUGCUCUGAGCUGACCUGGGCAGGGCAGUGUGUGGCUUUCCAGAAGGGCAGGUUGCACUCACUUCAGGUUACUCUCACUUGGAAAUGACCUUUUCACGAUGCCCUCCAAGUCUCUUGCAUGUUCUGAUGAACAGGAGGUCGUUUUUAGGGUGAGGGACCAAAGAAGACUUUAAGUUUGGUCAGGAGUUCCUCUCAGAUGAAUUCACCCAGAGCAGGUCUUUAUGCACAUUAAUAAAGGGAGGGAGUGUCAGUCUGGACUGGGUGUGGGAAUUUUAAUCUUUGCUCUCCGCUCAAGAGCCAUAAAGUUCACCUGCACAGACACGGAAAUAACUGUGCUGGCAAAGGCCAGGAAACCCCAAGGGAUGGUGGGCUGGGGGUAUUCCUGGAAUCCCCUGUCCUUGGGAGCAGCUGUUAUCCAUGUGCCAGGCAGGUUUGAGCCUGCAGUGUCCCUGUGCUUUGGUGUGGGGUCAGAAGGAGUUUAAUUACUGUGGCUUAAUUGUACCCAGUGACACGUAUAAAGCUCAGUCAUUUCAUCAUCAGACUAUCACUAAACACUAGUUUUGCUCCAGCAGGAUCUGGAAGUUUCCUUCCCAUGAAAAUGAUGGAUUUCAAGAACAAAGACAGUGGCCAGGUGCCAGAGUGUAUUUCCUGCAGGGUACACUCACUGUUAGGAGAACUUUGAAAGCCAUUUUUCCCUUGGUAGCUCAGAUAUGGCAGGGCAAGAACCCUCCCAAAUUUGUCAUCAGGGUGACUGCAGGUUCAAUUUCCUCCUGAUUUAAUCACCCUUGUUGCUUGUUGAAUCAAAGAGAGGAAAAUGUAUCUUCUUAACUGUUCAUGGGGAAAAAGGAUGAAAUUAUUUAUUAUGCGCUAAGCUUUUUGUUUCCCUUUCAGAUCAGUUCUGUCUGGUCAGAUAAGUCAGAUAAGUUUUAAUAAUCAGUCCAGUCAUAGCUCUGCCUCUUCUCUAGAAGUCCCAGAAUAGUUAUGGAAUAGGCUCCAUUUGCAGCUCAGUAAGUAAAUUAAAAAACUCCACCUUUCUAAAUUAAAAAUUUCCACCAUUUUGUGGCCCCAGGUAGUUUUUUAUGCAGUGUGGUUUCCUUAAGCUCAGUUUUAUUGCUCUUGAAUUUCCAACACAUGCACCUCCAUUAAAGAUAAUUCUGGUUUUAGAAAUUGCUACCAAAUAGCACUUACACAUCAAAACCUUUUUUUAUUUUUAUUUGAGGCUAGGGAGAGCUGAGUUUUAAACCACCAUUUUUAAUCUCUCAAGGGACACGAGAGGGCUUAGUUUAUCUCUCAAGUUUCCCCCAUCACUGACUAAAUAAGCAGUUUUGCAUUAUCCUGUGUUGAAUGACAAAAGACAGAUGUAGUUUUUUUUAAUGUCAGUAUUUUUCAGUGCUGGAAAUCUCUGCCUUCAAAGAUGCUCAGCACAUUUUCCAACCGUUAGACCCAACCGGUCUUCCCACAUCUGAUGUAGCUUCUGACUGGGCUCUUUAUACAUGACCUUGGAUAAAUCAGCUGCUCCAUAUCUGGAAUUUGAGGGAGCCAAGUUAGAUGGGAGGGAAUUGCUGGAAAAGCAGCUGAAUUUAUUCAUUCACCUGUUUGGGCUCCAGUACAAGGCUAAAGUUGGGUCUCUUGAGACAGAUGAUGGUCCGUGGAUGGUCUGAGCACCAGCGCACAGGGCUCAGGCCAUGACAACUGUCUGUGACAAAACAGCACGGAUUUGAGGCAACUGUCAGGUGUUUGUUGUAUCAAAAAACUGUUUUAAAUAUUCCAGAACUCGCUGUGUGAUUUUAUUGUUUGUUUUUUUUUUAAAACCACUGGUACAGAAAAGCUGUUGUUGGGAAUUUGCAGCAACUGUCCAGGAAGGAUGUUCCAUCCAUCUCUCUCUUUUCCAGGGGAGAUUCUUUUCAGGUACUUUUAACUCUUAAAUAUUGUUUUUUAACACUGUGUCCUCCACCCUGCUGCAGAAUAUUUCAUGUAUGAAGGAUGAUGUGUGUGUUUCAUGCACUUUUAACUUGCAGAAAGCCUCGUGCACCUCUCUGGCUCCAAAGCCAUGAAGGGUUUGCUCUUUCCGUGUAAAGGAAGGUCGAUGCUUUUGAAAUGUGACACAUUAAAACAUCUUUGCUCACGAAAAGAUCUCAA